ACACCUCCUUCACGUUGUGUAUGGUGUUCGAGCUCUACCACCUCCAACGGACCAGCGUAGGCCAAGAUUCACGUUUUCACACCUUCCCUGUGUAGGCCAAGAUUCAGAUAAGGAAGGGAUUCCUCCGGACCAGUAGAGGCUCAUCUUUGCUAGGAAGCAAGUGGAGGAUGGGCGUACUCUCGCACAAUCACCUUUUCCUCCGCUUCCGCGGUGGCUACGUCUAAUUGAUUUUCCUUUCUCUUUCGUGAUAUUGUGUGAUUGUGUCUGAGUUUGUGGUGGUCAAGUGGGUGCUGAUUGGCCUGCCUUGUUUUGUAGCAUAGUCGUCAAUGAAUAAGGGAACAUAAACUUUUCUGGUUAAUCUUGUUUCCCGUCAAUUUAAUUACUAGUUCGUCUUCGUCCCAGUGUCCGACAGACGUUGUUUGUUAGAAAGGCUAAUUCCGACUUCCACCCGAUUCCGCCUACAACUAGAUCACAGAGAGAGAGAGAGAGAGAGAGAGAGAGAGAAACCCUAGCUUUGGGGCUCCCAGAAUUCACUAUUCAAAGGUAGAAGAAAUUUCACUUCCAGAAAAGCUCCUAAGAUUUUGCCGUAGUCGACAAUGGAUGCGCAAGCGAGGAAAAAGGCACUGUUUCGUGCUAAAUUGAACGCACAGAAGAAGGACAAACGCAUAGAUUCUCCUCUUGUAAGGUACAAUGAACUUGACCAGCCUGUCUGUAGGGUUUGUGACGUUGUUUUGAAAUCUGAAUCCAAUUGGGAUGCACACCAAGCUUCUCGUAAACAUCAUGAGGCAAUAAAUAGUAUCAAAGCUGGUGCUGCUGGACUAACCCAGGCUAAAAAUGUGAAACCUGAGCCCCAUAAGAAGUUGUCUCAACCUAAAUCUGAACAUUCUGCAGACUUGCAUAGUGUUAAACCUGAGCACUCAAAAGAAUCACUCAAACGUCAGUCAUCAGCUGUGCUUCCUCCAGAUUUUUUUGAUGACAAGGAGACAAAAAAGCUAAAAAUAGGAAAGGACUCUGUCAAGUCGGUGGAGCCUGCUUUAUCCAAAAGGACUGAGGCUUCUGCUCAACCAGAGGAGAGGGGUUCUUUAAAUUUGGUGAGUGGAAUAGAUAGAUUGCCUGGUGGUAAUGUUCCACAGGUAAUAAAUAUGCAAUCUGCUGGGGAGCUUACUCCGACAUCAGUGGAGAUUGCUGGUUCAGAGAACAAGCAAGUGAAAGGAGCUCUACCUGAAGGCUUCUUUGAUAACAAGGAAGCUGACUUACGUGCACGUGGCAUAAAGUUAGUUAAGCCAGAUAUCAAAGAUGAGUACAAGGAAUUUGAAAAGUUGAUCCAAGAGGACUUGGUGGAGGUGGAUGAACGUUUCGAAGAAGAGGAGAUUGAUGCUGCUGAAACGAUUGAAGAGGCUGAAUCCGUCGAGCAGAAAAGCUAUGAGGAGAAAGUGGAAAUGUUGAGGAAGAAGAAAUUGGAACUGCAGGCUUCUAGGUCUUCCAAACAUGGUAGAACUUCUGAGGUUGUUAGCAAGGAGUCCAGCCAUGAAGAAUCAUCCAGUGAUGAUGACAGCAAUGAGAAUUUUGCAGUUGAUUGGAGAGCUCAACACUUGUGAACAUCCUUUCCAAAACUUUUGGUAUCCCCGAGGGAAUUAUCUUCAAAUGUUCAAAACCAGAAAAUGUGAUGUGUCAGUCUAAACCAAACAGGAAUCCACCGUAUCAAUUUUUUAUUAGGAUUUUAGCCGAGCGCUAAAAGAUGGCAGCUUAGUGAUUCUGGGCACAUCUAGAGAAACCUUUUCUGAUCCAACUUUCUUUGGUUAGCCCAAAGGUAAAGGAAAAAGGCAGUCAAUGGUUGGAAGAAAACCUUGCCUAACUACUUCCAAAUUUGUGGUGGGUGUCCCUGGAGCUUGCACAUGCAUUUCAGAAAAUAAAAUCACUUUCUAAACAUACUUUAGGACCUUACAGCUAUGAAUUUAUAGAAAUGUUCUGGAGUUGUGUCAAACUAUCAACGUUUUGUACAUAUUCCUUGGAAACAGUGUUGGUGUGUGAAUUUUUCUGCAAAAUUUAGCCCGACAAGACAUGCAUAGUGAAAUGUAAUCUUAUUAAUCAGCUUUGUCUUUUUUUGGGGACA